CCUUGAGUGUUAUGAUUGGUUAACGUUGUAGUUGCUCGUCAGUGACGACAAUCAGAUGCGCCUACAGCGCCACGAGAAUUGCGAAAACGCACUGGGGGUCAGGAUGUUGUGGGCUCAAUGUCACUGAGGUUUACCAACGAUAGAGACAUAGGAGACAAUGUUAACUCAUCGAUAUAUUUAGAUUUGGAAAUAUAAGUUAUUCUGCUGAGAGGUAUCCUCUUAUACCCUCCCCCCUAUUCUAGCUGCAUGUCUACUGGCCCACCAUGUCCACCCCGACUUGUAGAAUGAUGGAGCUGCUCCUGCGCUCCUCUUGCUGCCACACCAUCAGAAGUAGAACCUGUUUACCAAAGGCAGUGUUAUCCCCUGUGACCUCCACUGGCUUUUGUGUUCCUGGGGUACCACUCCUACAUAGAAGGGCCUACAGCCUGGACUCUUUGGGUCCUGGUCGGCCCCCGUUAGGUCCAAACUCAGAAAGGAUGUCUCCCUCAACAACACUUGCACACAGGAACCUGUCUGCAGCUGCUGUAAAGGGCCAGUUUCGGCCUCUUUGCCAGUAUGACUACCUGGACCUUGGUGAAGUUGAAGAGAAUAUAUGCCGUGCUCAAGCCUGCAAAAAAAUCAGACACUUCCUAGUGGAUCCACACCUGGCCAAUAUUGUAGCACAGCAUUUAGGACCUGAACUACAGGAUGCUAAAACUGUUAUCUUUGAUUGCAACCCAGGUCCUGGGGUGUUGACAAGAACACUGCUAAAUGCUGGAGCCCAAAGAGUUGUGGCCCUUGAGGGUGACAGAUCUUUCCUACAUGAGCUACAGGAGCUGGAGGGACGUCUUGAUGGUCAGCUGGAAGUAGUUCACUGUGAUUACUUUAAACUCGACCCUAUUGGCAGCGGCAACGUGAAACCCCCAACUAUGUUCACUGACAAACUGUUCACUGACCUGGGAAUAUCUGAGGCUGCUUGGACUGAUGACAUUCCAGUGAAGGUGGUGGGAAUCCUGCCCCAGCGUAAUGAGCGCGGCAUGCUGUUGAAGAUGGCUUACGCCUUAUUUGAGCGCUUGUCUGUUUACAGAUAUGGAAGAAUAGAGCUCAACUUCUUCAUUAGCGAGAAGGAAUACAACAAACUGGUGUCACGUCCUGGUGAUAUGAUCCACUAUAGAGCCUUUGGUGUCCUCUGGCAGAUGGCUUGUGAUAUCGACCUUCUGCACAAGGAGCCCUGGGAGUCAUUUGUGGUGUCUGCAAGACAGAAUGCAACUACCUCUAAGGGCAAGCUUCCAAAUGAUCACUUGUGCCUGGUGCGUCUACGUCCACGGGCUGAGCUUUUCUCUGCAGGCCUCACUCCCUCUAAUGCUUCAACCCUGCUGAUGAUGGUUAAACAGUGUUUGGCAAAGAGGAAGGUCAAGCUCAUCGACAGGCUUAAUCUCUGGUCACCUGAUAGUGGCAGUAAACUGUUAUCAGAGAUGGGCUUGCCAGAAGACAUACUGACAGGCCACGUUUACCCUGAUGAGUAUCUUCGACUGUUUCAGCUGAUGGACAAGAGCCAGGAGUUCACACAGAGCUGGCUGUAUGAAGAGAUCCUGGAGAACACACAGAGGGAGGGCUGGGGCUAAGAUGCAGACAAAAAGGUCACAUGUAUAGAUUUAUUAAACUGAAACAAAGCAGACACAUACAUUUGACAAUACAUGGAAAAUAUACUAGAUUGUAAUAUAACUGACUCUUUAAUAACAUGAUGUAAUGAAAUGACAGUGUAAAGAAACAAAUAAUUAUGUAAUUCAUGAAAUGAUCAUAAAUAGUUUUGUUUCUGGAGUAAUUUAAGGGUGUGAUGCUGGGUCAAUGUUGAGAUUUUAGAAAAAAACUCAUUUAUUAUUAAACCUAAAACAUUUUCCAGUGUAGCUGAUAGCAAGUCAGGAAGAGAACACAUUCUCCUAAUACCUCAUAAAUGCACCAGGUCAUGCAGAUGGUCUUAUACAUGUGGAUGGACUACACUACAGCAAGUGAUGCAUCUGCAGUUUAGCCCUGCCAGUGUAUUGUGAAAGCAUGUGUAUGAUGUAAAAUUAUUUUCCCUUCAAUUCAUGAGUAUAUAACAUCAAGUGUUGUGUAUAUUUUUGUAUUUCCAUUCACGUGUGUUUGCUUAGGCUUGUCUAAAUGUGUGAAAUAUGAUACUUUAUGGAAUGUGUAAGCUUUGUUUUAUUUAAUAUACCACCAGGAAAUGCAUUUGUAUGGCUGAGAGAUUAAUUUCAGUUGUUGGCACUGUCAGAACUUUCAUUUAGAAGAAAAUAAUACAUCUAAAACUUUGCCUCCCUUAUUGCAUCUGUUUUGAUGUAACUUGUAAAGCAGUUGUAUACAUGUAAUAUAAUGGAUUAUUAAAUAAAUUAUUUUA